AUGGAGUCGGGCGAGCCACUCCCACGUCGCGACGGCCGCCGCGGCGGCUGGCGCGCCGCGCUCUUCAUCGUCGCCGUCGGGUUCUUGGAGCGCAUCGGGUUCACCGGCGUGGGGGGCAACCUGAUCACGUACCUGACCGGCCCGCUGGGCAUGUCCACGGCGGCCGCCGCCGCCGGCGUGAACGCCUGGUCCGGGACCGUGCUGGUGCUGCCGCUCGUCGGCGCGCUCGCCGCCGACUCGCGCCUCGGCCGGUACCGCGCCGUCCUGAUAGCCGGCGUGCUCUACCUGCUGAGCUUGGGAAUGCUGACGGUCUCGUCCAUGCUGCAAACGCCGCAACCUCAUCCUGCCGGCUGCCACAGCACAGGCAGCACCUGCUCGCCGCUGCCCUCGGCAUCAUCGCCUGCCCGGCUCGCCUUCUUCUACACCGCGAUCUACCUGCUAGCACUGGCGCAGGGCUUCCACAUGCCAUGUUCGGAGGCUUUGGGCGCGGACCAGUUCGAUCCCAGCGUCGGUGCGUCCCGGAGCUCCUACUUCAACUGGUUUCACUUCUCCAUAUCGUGGGGCUACGCCAUCGCGGCGAUCGUGGUCACCUACAUCGAGGAGAAUGUCGGCUGGACGGAGGGGUUCGCCGUGUGCUGGGCCACCAUGGUGGUGUACCUCGUCGUCUUCUUGCUCGGCACGAGGACUUACCGUGUAGAGCAGCCCGUGGACAGCAGUUCCUUGGCGCACCUCACCAAGAAGCUCACAUUUGGAACCAACAAUGCCACCACUGACACACACCGGCUUUUGGCGACGGACCAAGAUGUGGACGGCAAAGGGUUCCUCAUUAAGCUGCUUCCUAUCUGGUUGUCAAGCAUAGUCAUCGCCGCGGCCACCUCGCAGGUCUCCACCCUGUUCACCAAGCAGGGCAGCACGAUGGACAGGCGCCUGGGCGCGGCCACGGGCCUCGUCGUGCCGCCCGCGGCGCUUCAGAGCUUCGUGAGCUUCACCUACAUCGCGGUGGUCCCCGUCUACGACCGCGCCCUCGUGCCCCUCGCGAGGCGCCUCACCAGGCACCCAGCGGGAGUCACCAUGCUCCAGCGCAUCGGCGCCGGCAUGGUCAUGUCCUGCGUCACCAUGGCCGUCGCGGCGCUCGUGGAAGCCAAGCGCCUCCGCGUGGCCGCUGACGCCGGCCUGCUCGACCGGCCCGACGUGGCGGUGCCGAUGAGCCUGUGGUGGCUGGUGCCGCAGUACGUCCUGGUGGGCUUCACAGAGGUGUUCUGCUUCAUCGGGCUGGAGGAGUUCUUCUACGACCAGGUGCCCGACGGGCUCCGCAGCGUGGGGCUGGCCCUGUGCCUGAGCAUCUUCGGCGUGGGGAGCUACGCCAGCGGCAUGCUCGUGUGGGCGGUCGACUGGGCCACGACGAGGGGCGGGGGAGAGAGCUGGUUCGCCGACAACCUCAACCGCGCGCACCUCGAUUACUUCUACUGGAUCUUGGCUGGCCUCAGCGCCUUGGAGGUGGUCGUGUUCUUGUAUUUUGCAAACCGGUAUGUGUACCGGAAGAAUUCUGAGCAGCCAGUCGCCCUCCAUUAG